AAUUCGAGGUCUAUUCAAAUCACAGUGAUAUUUCUUAGAAACUCCUUUUACAUAUCGUCUCAUUAGUUUAGAAAUUUCCAUUUGGAAAAUUUUUAUUAAAAAAUGCUGGCACCGCCGAAAAAAGAAAUUUUCAACCCUGACGACAUGUCAAAAUGGUUGAAAUCAGAGGCAUAUCAGGAAUAUCUAGGCUUUAUUCUUUCUAUUAACGAAGCAGUGCAAGGGAAAAAAUGGUCGAGUAUCCAAGUGUUGAAUGAUAGAAUAGAAAAAGUAGUCAAACUGCUAGAUUGCUUAGACCGUUGGAUUGAUGAAAUCCCACCAACUGAACAACCCCAGCGCUUUGGUAACAAGUCCUUCCGUGUGUGGUUCCAAAAAUUCAAAGAUGAGUCCUCAAACAUGCUGAAAGAUAUAUUACCCCAAGAACUGCACUACAGCAUUCCUGAGAUAGAAGUCUAUUUGACCGAAAGUGUGGGAAACUCUACUCGAAUCGAUUAUGGGUCUGGACAUGAAAUGUCAUUUGUCAUUUUCUUGUUCUGCCUAUUCAAGAUUGGUUUCUUGACUCUUGAUGAUAGAGCUGCAGCAGGAGUUAUCAUAUUCGAAAGGUACAUGUCAUUGAUGCGGAAACUUCAGUUGACAUAUCGUAUGGAACCCGCAGGCUCACACGGAGUCUGGAGUUUAGACGAUUACCAAUUCGUCCCUUUCAUCUGGGGAAGUUCUCAACUUGUUGAACAUCAGCGAUUACCUCCUAAAUCGUUUCCCAAUCCGGAUAUUGUCGAAAGUUUUGCCAAGGACUACAUGUUCCUUGGUUGCAUUAAAUUCAUCUUCAGAGUGAAGAAUGGACCAUUCGCUGAACAUUCAAACCAGCUGUGGAACAUCAGCGGUGUGGGCACCUGGUCUAAAGUCAACUCUGGUUUGAUAAAAAUGUACAAAGCUGAAGUUUUGGCUAAGUACCCAGUCAUUCAGCACGUUCUUUUUGGUUCACUGCUAUCAAUUAAGGAGGCCAAUUUCCAAGAACAAUAAAUGAACAAAA